AUGCCACGUACGAGACGUUUUGAUGUCGCAAAGCUUCGGCAAACCAACACUACCGACACAAUAAGCACAGAAAUCCGGUCCCGUCAUACGAACCAGACUGACAACGAGGGCAGUAACAAGUGGCCAUCGUUGAAUACAUCCAUCUAUGGGGCAGCUGAAAAAGUUCUCGGAUUCACUCAGCGGCGCCGCAAUGACUGGAUCAGCGGUAGAACCCUGCAGCUGUCGGCCGAGACGACUCGAGCCAGUUCCCGCAACGAUGCCUUCUUCCGCCGACUUCGAAAGCUGACAGCAAAGUAG